CUGUUGUACAAAAUCGUCCGCGGAGACAAGCCUGCAGACUUUGGCCCGGUUGAAGAGCCGCUGCCUAAACUAAAGAAAAGAGAUUUUACUUUAGCAGAACUGCAAGAGUACGAUGGACUGAAAAACCCCAGAAUCCUGAUGGCUAUCAACGGGAAAGUGUUUGAUGUCACAAGAGGGAAGAAGUUCUACGGACCAGAGGGCCCUUAUGGGGUCUUUGCGGGCAGAGAUGCAUCCAGAGGACUGGCCACGUUCUGUUUGGAGAAGGAGGCCUUGAAAGACACUCACGAUGAUCUUUCAGAUCUCAAUGCUAUGCAGCAGGAGAGCCUGA